AUGCUCUCCAUACUGCGCAAAGCUCGGCUGAAGGACAAAGAGAUGCGUAUCCUGAUGCUGGGACUCGACAACGCCGGAAAGACCACCAUAGUCAAGAAGAUCAUGAAUGAAGACGUCAACACUGUCAGUCCGACGCUAGGAUUCAUCAUCAAGACUAUCGACUUCCAGGGUUACAAGCUCAAUAUCUGGGAUGUCGGAGGCCAGAAGACUAUACGAUCAUACUGGAGAAACUAUUUUGAGAAGACUGACGCACUCAUCUGGGUCGUGGACGCGACAGAUCGGCUACGGAUGGAUGAUUGCAAGGACGAGCUUAAAGGUCUGCUGCUCGAAGAGCGGCUAGCUGGAGCAAGUCUGUUGGUCUUCCUGAACAAGACCGAUGUUGCAGGUGGGAUGACCAAGGAGGAAGUCACGCAGCUUCUCGACCUUCCACGGAUAUUGACUCAUCGGUGGGUGGUUAUUCCUUGCAGUGCGAUGACCGGUGAGAAUCUGGAGAAGGGCUUAGACUGGGUGGUGCAAGAUGCUCGGGAUCGGCUGUUCCUGUACUGA